ACAUUGGUGGAGACUGCAGAGAGGAGGGGCUAUCAUCCAAAUGUGCGUGUGUGUGAGAGACAUCUACCUCCCAACCUGAAUUCACAGUGAAGAACAAUGGCAGGCAUUCCUCAUUACUUGAAUCCCCCGACAGAUUGGUGGUAUAAAGAUUUCAGGUUUAUCAGGGAUUGGUUCUGGUCCGUGGAAAACUGUCUUCCAGACAGACCUCUUCCCGACAGUAUUAACUUUGUCGAAGAAGACCUCUUCCCAAAUAGGUUGAAGAAUAUAUACGAGAUAGUUCCGGAUUCGCUCAGCACGGAAUAUGGGCCGGACCGUGAAUAUUUCAUGUAUUCUCUUUGGGGCAGGAAAUCCGACGACGAGGCAAGGAUAGAAAGCGCGGAUGGAUCAGGGGUGUGGGAGCGAGUACAACAGCCGGAGGAAGGCAUGGUCGAAGCAGAAGGCUGUAUUAUUGGAGUCAGUAAGACUUUCAAGUACUACAAUAAUGGCCGUGAAACUAGCUUCCUGAUGGAUGUACUCAGACCCUUUGAUCCACGUCAAAGGGUGCUCUUUACUCUAUCCCUUGGGCGAUUGGGUUUUGUGCAAGGUAUACCGCUCAGACUGCCCGCCCAACGACCAGUACACACAGGCCGAACAAAGUGCUCCUGAAUUCGCUGCCAAAGAAGUAGCAUCUCCUAGACCAGAACAUGAUGCUGGGAGGAAGAGGAAGAGGGAGGAAGAAGCAGAAGAAUUGAAUGGGCAUGCACGUAUGUACAUCUGUCUUUUUGAGAGCAUUCUACUAAACCAUAGUAUCUGUCCACAGCAUGAUAGUUAGCAUUGUUAAAGUUUUUUAAAUUUAAUGCUUCUUUACAGUAUUGUUUCCUUUCAAAGAUCCACCAUCUCAAUCACCCUAUGCUUAACGGUAGGAUCAUCUUAAAUGGCCUUCCAUUAAAUGUUAAGAAUUUGUUGAGUUCCCAUUAAUUGUCUUGUGGUUGUAUAAUAACAACCUCAAAAUACAUCUGCAAAUGCUUUUGAAGCUUGGGGUUCCAUGAUUUCGACAAGCAUUUUUUUGCUUCAUCUACCAAUGCUUUUUUGACCUUAGUUUCUCCUUACUGGGGGCAAAACAACUUGAUAUUUUCUGUGUUUGCUGGGGUAGUUUCUUUCUACACUGUUAUUUUUGUUUCCAUUUGGAAAGAUUAUGUUGAUUCAGUUCUGUAGAAUGUAUUUGUUGUACUCAUCCUUUUUUUAUUGCUUCUUGUUUUGUAAGGCAUUCUAUAAUGGGAGUUCAUCGAGCAGCGAUCUGUGUGGUGUUACAGGAUGCACAACAUAUUUUGGCAAGAUCUUUUUGAUCCACAUGACCAUGUGUAUGGCCUAAAUUAACUGAAAAUACUGUGCUAGUUUUGCCUAUUUGACUUAUAAAUAAAUGUUACAAAUGAGGUAAUGUUUUCUUAUUUGACAUAAGAUCCUACAUUCGGACGCCUGCAUUCCUUGUUCUAAUUGGUUAUGCUAUCUAUGUUUACCAUAAAUGAUCGUGUGGGUACUGGAAUUGUGAUUAUAAUUAUCAUGUAUGUUUCAAACGAUGCUUUUAUUCACAAUUAUAAUUUGUGAGUGGGAUCAUCUAUGCAAUGUGACAGUCAUAAUUUGUGGUAGUAAGUAACUCAGCGAGAUUCUCGCUAUUGGUGGCCGACUAAAAAAAAGAUUUUUACGGUAAAGACCGCCUACUGGUUAGGUGUUCUAGGACCUGUGGGAAUGAAAAGAGAGCCAAUAGAGUCAAUCUGGAAGAAUUUUUGGGACCUCAGUAUCCCCCCAAAGUUGAAACACUUCCUUUGGCGACUCGUUUCUGGAUGCUUGGCAACGAAGGAGCACUUAUGGAGGAGGAAAGCCACUGAUGACCCAACAUGCCCAGUGUGUGCAGGUAUGACUGAGGAUAUUAGUCAUAUGUUAUUUUUUUGUAAAUUCUCUUCGCAGCUUUGGAAGAAUGAAAUCUGGGGAAAUUUGGUCAUGGUGGCACCGACUAUGUCUGCAAAAGAACUAUUGGGUUGGGCUAUGAAGAAUUUGAGUCAAGGGAUCUAUAGCUUCAUAAUUAAUUGUUGGGCUGCGUGGCGCUGUCGAAACAAGGUGGUUUUUGAGCAAAAAGAACCACAAGUAGAGCUGAUCCGGAUGGGUUGCAAUCAAUAUAUCGAAGAUUUUCAAACAUAUGCUUCAAAAGUUUACAAAGGGCCAGAAUCAUAUUUGAAUAAUAGACCUGAGAAGUGGAAUAAACCAUCUUUUGGUUUCGUUAAAGCGAACUGUGAUGCAGCUGUGUUCAAAGGAGGAGGUGUGGGUCUUUGAGCGAUAAUCCGAGAUGAACAUGGUGCCCUAGUCAUGGCAGGAGUCAAAAGAAUGGACAUGAACUGGGAGGCGGAGAUGGCAGAACACGCAGCGGGAGUAUAUGCACUACAAGUUGCAUACCAGGUGGGAGCGAGGAAAGUUAUUCUUGAAAGUGACGCAUUAAACUUCAUUAAGGCAGCCUCAUCAAGAAAGAAAGACGGUACUUCAUUAGGAAUUUUUUUGGAAGAUAUUUAUCAUUUUUGUUCUAAGUUUGAUGUUGUUGAAUUUUCCCAUGUAAAAAGAGGAGGCAAUGUAGCUGCUCAUCAAAUGGCAAGAAAGUAUAAAGUAUUAUUACGCUGGUAGAAAUUGAAAUGAAUUAAUAUGAGUUUCCUUUCAAAAAAAAAGUAACUCAGCGAGA